AUGUGAGCCCAAAGCUGAAAGGGGAUUUACGGCACCGAGCAGGGCUGAGUUUAUUGUUUGUUUUCACUUGUUUCUGUUGACAUGUUUCUGUAGUUCUGCUCGGCUUUGGCCUUCAGCGCAAACCGUAAAGAUGGAGGCCAUGGAGGACGACAGCUCGGAGGUUAAAGACGACCACAACCACAACCACCGCAGGAGCAGCGGCGACGGUAAAGCCACCCCGGCGCUUAGCAGCCAGGUACCGGGCGGAAUGGGAGUCUCUCAGCCCGUUUGUUCCGUUGCACCGGGAGGAGAACCGGCGAUGAAACGGGGGGAGCCGUGGUCCCCUUCUCCCUGUGGGUCGAAGUUCAUGGACUCGGAUUCAGGCAGCGAUAGCAGCGAAGUUAGCGAAACAGAAUGCUCUGCUGCUAACAGCGAGGAGAAAUUCAGCCUCGAUUCUACUUCCAAGUUCCUGUUGAAUGCAAUGGCUAUAGAGGACUACAGGAAAAACCACUGGCCCAAUCUGGAGGAGGCGAUAGACCGUCUGCUGAUCCAGAACCUCUCGGAUCACAUUUCUGUAUCCUAUGCUCAGAUCUAUGGUUACGUCUACAAGUGUGUUUGCCAGCAGCACUCAGAGCUGCUCUACGGUGACCUGACGUCAAAGAUAACCGCUCACCUGCAGCAGGUUUCCACGCAGCUACAGGCCAGCCCACCUCAGAGCCUGAUUGAGAACUUCAACGUUGCUCUGACUCAGUACUUAGCCUCUCUUCAGUGCAUCGUUCCAGUGUUUAUAUACUUGAACAAGUUUUAUAUUGAGUCGAAACUGAACCGAGACCUGAAAGAGGAUCUGAUGAAGCUGUUUGCAGACCACGUUGCAGAAAAACAUCUAAGCAAAUUGAUGCCUCUGCUCAUUAAAGCUCACUCCAUGCCCUUUCAAGUUCAACCAUCCACGAUGGCCAGUGUGGUUAAAGGCCUCUACAGCCUAUGUCCAGAGUGGGCCCAGCUCGCUCCGGCCCUCUUCUCCAGCUUCAUACCGCAGAUCCACCCUCCUGCUGUUGAAUCUCGGCUGCCCGAUUACGCAGACCAUGACCGGAAGCUGCAGAUGGAGCUCUCCAUGAACGGUUUCCCACGGGGGGACCAAUCCCGCAAACGUGCCAGUGAAGACUCCUGAUGGCGACAAAAAAGGCGUCCUCGGAUCUGUUGCAGAACUCUACUGUGCCUCCUACAUCUUUAUCACACUCGCUGCACUAAAUACAAAUUCAACAAUGCCUCAUGUUCGUCUCUGUUGACUCAAGGCCACAAAAACACUGUGAAAAACACAAUAAUGUUGGAGCCUAUUUUUGAUGCAUGGAGAGAAAGGAAAACGGACUUCACAAUGGUUCUAUGGUUGCCAUGCAUCAGGAUGCAGUUGUUGCAUCUGCUUACUGGGAUGGAAGAGAACCUGAAUGCAUCGUUUUGAUCGGUAUCCUGUGAAUCUUUUUCAUUCCCAAACUUCUUGCUGGAAGUGUCUUGUGCUGUUUUUUUUUUAAUUUACAGAUGAAGCUAAUCAACACUUUCCAGUUGCUGCUAAUGAUAAUGUUUUAAUCCCACAAGCCACCUGUUACAGUCAAGAUACACAAAAAAAUUUUCAUUUUUGUUGUAAUGCUCUACUCUUAUGUUGCCUUUACUGCAUUACACAAAAAAAGAAAACUGUUAGGAAAUAACAGUUGUAUGCCAAAGAGGAUGUUUGUUUACUUUGUCUUUCAGCUGCUUCUGCCCCAACAAGCUUUGAGUUUUCGUUUCAGUUUGAAACAAGCAUCUUUAGUGCUUGACGAUGCACCAAUCAGACGUUUCCCAAGCCAUUGCUUUCCUAAAUAUUUAACCUUAGAAUUCCCAGAGAUCUUGAUGCACCCAGAUGCAUUUUAAUAAAUAUCAAUUAACUUAUUUCUGUAAUUAAAUUCUUAAGAUGGAGCUAAAUUGAUUCAAUAAACACAGAGUAAUACAUGUGAAAUAAUUUAUUCUCUUUCGAUGAUUAUGGUUUACUGCUAGCAGGAACCCAAUUUAAGGUUCCUUUAAAAAGAGCAAUUAAAGCCUUCCUGCUGUAAUACCUGUUGCUGAGCAUCUUCUACCACACUUUUUCCUUCCACUAAACCUUCCUUUGAGUACAGCAGCUGUUUUAACAAUGAGGCUUUGCAGCUUGGGCUCUGUGUUAAAUUAAAUUCUCCAGCUUUUUAUGAGCUGUUGGCAGAAUUGAUCCAAAUUAACAGAUAUAAAUGCUUGAAAAAUAUCACUCUGUGUUUACUGGAUCCAAAUCACAAAA